UCGUUUAAAUGCUUCUGAAUUUUGUCCGAAUAUUGUUUUGUGUGUGAGCUCCGUCGCCGUUUUUCACACAGUUGACCUUUCGCAUAUGUCCUUAUGUUGUGCUGUCAUAGUAUUCUUUGGAUAUUUUGAAAAGUGUACAGUUUGCAGUUUUUUCUUACAUCUUCUCUUCUGUAGCGGGGCUGUGCUGAGCGAAGAACCAGUCAAGUUUUGAAAGAAGGUACCCGAGCCGAGACAGGCUGACAGACGGGCAGGUUGAGAGGAUGACAAAUGAGAAAGAAGAAGAAGGAGGAGGUGGAGGAGGAGGAGAAGGAGGAGGAGGGAAAGAGGAGGAACCUGGUGGAACCAUGAAAGAUGAUAGCAAGUCUUCAGAAGGUCAUAAAAAGAUCAAGUGGCGCUACACUGGGGAUGAAUUAUGGGACCUUCGUAACAGUCCUGCAUCGAGGAAGAAGCCGGCUUGUCUGCUCAGUGAAUUUUGCGAUGAGAAAGGGAUAUGGGAACCAGAACUGUGGCAUGCAUCUUUCUCUGGUCGAAGAUCAAGAGGACCUUCACCAUUAAACCUCUAUGAGCCAAAGGAACCACUACGCAAGAAGUACUCAGAUGCCAAGGAGAGGAUUCUUGAUGAGAAAGAUGGUAUCGUUCUUAGUCCCCAGCGCAGAAGCUUCGGUCUCGGAUGUCAGAUGGCAUUCCAGCCCCCUGGGCAUGCCUCCGAACGACAUCACAACCACAGCCCCACAGAGGGCAAAGACCACGAUCGUCCUAUACGCACUAUCACCCGGCCAGGAACUGGGCGCAUCAUCACAAGGAAUCGUCCUCCUGUGGAUAGCAGCGAUCGAGAGAUUCUGCGCGACAGGGAUCGUGAUCGAGAUCGGGACCGAGACCAUGAUAUGGACAGGGAAUGGAUCAGGAACAGGAACAGAGACAGAGAAUUUGAUCGAGAUAGGGACAGAGAUAGAGAUUUCCGUGAUAUGGAUAGAGGUGGAGGAGGUCGCCAAGGUUUCAAUAGAUAUUAUAAUAGGCAAAAUUACCGUCGUCGUAAUGAGGAGACUCCUGAAUGGUUCACAGUGGGUCCUACCAGCCAAUCAGAUACUAUCGCUCUCCAUGGGUUUGAUGAACAUGAAGAAGACAGUGGCAGUGAACCAGAGGUUAAAGGCAGACGUCCAUCUGUUGCUGAUAGGAAUGGAAGUAUGGAGACUGCCAGUUCCAGUUCACCUGAAGUCUCUCAUGAAAGUGGGAACAACACCAGUGGGGCUACCUCAGCCAAGGACUUUGAUGUCAAUGAUUUCUUCAAGCUGGAGAACAUGCUGCCCCAGAUACCCAAUCCAGACGAAGGAGAGACAGUCUCGGGAAAGAGCCGCUUCAGUCAUCUCUUCAACACCCAGAGAACCCGUACUGAUAGCAGCGGUACAAGCCGUAGUAACAGCCGUCGAUCAUCACCCCAUGAUCCUGAACUGGAGCUCUACCAUUCUGGGCUUGAACAGUUAAUUGGUAGAUCGAGUCCCACAGUGAUGAUGGGUGAGCGUCUCUUCACCCCUAUCAAGCCAGCUGAGGGUGUAUCAAUGAGCACCCAGAUGGCGUUAUUGGGAAUGAUGCAGAAGAACAAGCAACAUAAUGAGACAUCUAAUCCUCCCACAAUACCCCAACCACAGCCGCAGAAGAAUGGUGACGAGGACUACAGGAAAACAGUAGUCAAGCAGAAAUUGAUGGCAGGACAGGCAAAGAGUUUAGCCGAGAUCGAAGCAGACAUGAAGAAGAGCUCAGUCAACCAAAGCCCUUCGUCAGGGGACAGCCCUGCCCAUUCUGGAAGUGGUUCUGGUACUCCUAACCAUGCCCAUCCGGGUGGUAUGCGAGCUGGGGGAGCUUCUCACUAUAUAAUUGGGGGCCAGGCGAAGAGUUUGGCUGAGAUUGAGGCCGACCUGAAGAAGACUAGCCUUAACCAGAGCCCAGCUGGUGGGGGCAGCCCUGCCCACUCGGGGAGUGGACCCAGUACCCCAUCAAACAUGGCCCAUCCUGGCGGUGUCGGUGGUGGAGUCUUACCUCACCAGCUGUUUGGGGCAGGAGGUCAGCAGGGGCGUGCUAGCUCACCUCCAAAGGGCGGUGACCAGUCAGCAUUCAAUAGCUUUAUUGCUAGUAUGAAGGCAGGAGGAGGUUUUGCUGGUACAGAGAAAAGAGAAGAACAAACGUCAUCCCCCAAACCAGUUCACCCAGGGCUUGUUCAGCGCACUGCGUCACCACCUCCUGGCCACACCCAUGGCCAUGCCCCCAGUGCUCCGUCAGCCAUGGAGAAGGUUGCAAUGAUGAUGAAGGCAUCAGAGCAUCCACAGGAAGCUAGGCAACCUCAUCCCCAGGCUCAGCAGCAGCUGCCACCUCAUCACCCUCUGGCACACCAGCACAUGCAAAGCCAGCAGCAGCAGCAGGCAGGGAGGGGUGUGUCUCCAUUACCACCAGGUCUCAUGGCAAGACACGCCCAUCCCCAUCCAGGGGCCCAGCAACCACCCAGGGAAGGACCUAUUCUCAACCUGCCAGAUAAUCGUGGACCUUCUCCCGUCAACCAGGAGGUGAUGGCUACACUCUUCAAGAGCCAUGCCCCUCCUGCCACAACCGCCACUACCGCUCCUACCAGCGGUCCUGCCCCUCAUCCCCUUGGGUUGCAGCAACAAGCAAGCCACCAGGCUCCCAGUAUGCCUCCCAGGGGUCUACCAGCUAACGUGGAGCAGAUGCAAGCAUUGAUGAGGCAGAACCCAGAGCAGAUGGCUGCUCUCAUCAGACAGUAUCAGGUGCAUCAGCAACAUCAACUGGCUAGACAGCGUGCUAGUCCUGUACCACCCAACCAGGAGGCAGUGUUCACCAUCCUCCGUCAUGCCAUGGCCAACCCACCCUUUGCAGCUGCCCUCAUGGCACAGGCAAACAAAGAAGCUCAAUUAGCCCCUGGCAAUGCAGCCUCUGCUAUCAACCGGGCUGCUUCCCCCAGGGACAUGCUCACACAGGCCCUGCUUCAGUCAAUGCCUCGCAUGCAGUCUCCUGUCGCAAUCCCUGGCAGCCAGUCUCCCUUGCCAACUGGCCCAGCAGCAGCGGCAGCAGCCCUCCGCUCCCAGUCCCACAGCCCCCUUCCUGGAGGCAUCGCCCCUCCUACCCUGGGACCAGCUGGACUGGCCACCUCUCCUCUCCUUAGCUCCUCCAACACCCUUGCUCCUCCUGGACCUUCGCCGGUGAAUCCCCUUCUGCCCCAGAGGAUUCCUUCCCCCCAGGAGCUGGCUAAGCACACACAGGGUAUCCUCCAACAGGCUCUUAUAAGGAAACAACUGGAGGUACAAAAGGAGAAAUUCAAGGCCAAGGAAGCUGCUCGAGCUAAAUCUCCAGCUGUUGGUCAACCUAAUCAAGGGAAUCCACAGCAGCAGCUUCAACAGCCUCAGAAACCACCACAGCAAACCGUAGGUCCCCAGAACUCUGGCCCACCAAACAGUGUUGCACAGGCUCCUGGGGUAACCCCACAUCCUCAGCCAUCACAACAGGCUAACCAACAGCAGAACCAGCAGCAGAACCAGCAGCAGUCGCAACAGCAGCCACCAAGACCUUCAUCUGGCACUCCCCCUGGAACACCAGGACGGAGGACACCCAGUAAGAUAGCAGCUGCCUUCAUGCCCACCUCUGUAAUUCGUAAAAUGCAUGAGAGUAAAGCUGAAGCCAAGGCUGCUACCCAGGGCAGACCAGGGGAAGGUGUCGGCAAGGGUGAUGGUUCAUCUGUGCAAGAACCAACCACUGAAAACCAAGGAGUCAUUCCAAACCAUGGAGGAGGAGAGAAAGGGAGAGAUAUGAAUAAGCAGCUGGAUGGGGAUAAUAAAGCCAUUCCACCCCAACCUACUCCCCAGCAGCAGCAACAGCAGCUGAGGGGUCCACACCAACCCCAUGGUCCUACCCAGCAGGAUGGUAGGAGAGACCUACAUGCCCCAACCCACCCACCUAACCACAGUGCCCCAGAGCAAUCUGAAAUAACAAAGAACCCUCAUAUUCUGGGUAGCAGUAGUGGUCCAAUGAAGGCCUUUCAUCCCGAGGGCCACGUCCCUCACUCUCAGUCAAGUCAUGCCCCUCACUCCCAGCCCAACCAGAUUCCCAGCCAAGCUCACCUUCAGCAGCAGCAGGCAUUUCUGCAAGCAAGGCAGGUGCCUCCAGGUUUAGGUGGCCAGCAGCAGAGGAUGGAGAUGGUGCAGAGAAUGGGAGAGAGAGUAGCUAAACCACCAACCCCUCCCAAUGUUCAGUCUCACCAUGGUUUGCAAAUGAAUCGUAUGGCAUCAGCUCAGCAGCAGAAUCCACAGCUACAGCAGCAGCAGCAGCAGCAACAGCAAGCUCGCCUACCAAUGAACCCUGCCAUGAUGUUACCACCAGCCAUGCAAGCCAACCUCAUGAGAGGUAUGAUGAUGCCUGGCAUGGUACCACCCAACAUGAGAGGGGUACCGCCACCACAGUUCAAUAUACAGAAUAUGAAUCGGGCCAUGGGACAUCAUAACCUACAGCAGAUGUUGCAACAACAGCAGCAACAUCAGAGUAACUUUGCCAGAGGGAUGCAGCAACAACAACAGCAGCAGCAGCAGCAGGGUGGAUCAAACUCUCAGCCUCCCCAACAUCAAGGCAACAUCAACCAUCUCCAGCAGCAAGCUGAGUUGUUCCAGCAGCAACAGCGCCACCAAGCUGCCCACACUGCUCAACAUCACCCACAACACCAAGACAGCAAGGCUUCUCAUCCACCCACAUCACAGCAACAACAACCACAGCAGCAACAACUGCCGCAACCAGGUCGCAAUCUACAACAUCCCAUGAUGGGUCACCAUCACAACCACCCUUCACUACCCCCUGUAAGCGGGGGCAUGGAUAACCGACGGUCCCCAGUCAAUCACCUGGCCAAAUGGUUUGGUCCCGACCUACUCAAGCAACCCAUCAAUCAAAUGCCACCAGCUAUCCCCAGUGGACAGAAGAUCAUGAGUGUUGAAGAGCUGGAGAGACAGCAACAGCAGCAACAGGUUGUAGGAUGAUUGCUUUUAGAGUUGUCUGAUGAUGUGUUGAAAAUAAGUCAAACUUUGGCAGUCAAAGAUGUGUCUGUUGCAGACAGCUUCACACCUAUAUGAAUUAGACAGACCCUUCACUAUUCGAAAUGCCCUGCUUUAUUUUCCUGAGGUAAAUGUAUUUGUAUGUAUCCAAUACAUGGUUUUUGGUCUACUUUCCAUCAAUUCAUGACCUAGUCCAUAUUAUUCAGUUUAGAUUAGCGAGCUUUGACAAGUGUUAAUUGAUGCUGCCCUUAUGUAAGAGGGUCUGUGAUCUCUAUCACAAUAGGCAUUUAAUUCAGUAGAGAUCGCAAGCAACUGCAUGUUCAGUGAUAGCAUCUAUUUAUAUGAGAUACCACAUUCUCUGAAAAGUACCAGGCCCUGUUAAUGCAUGAUGAACCUAUUUCCAGAAGCUUGUUUAGUUCCAGUGUAAUUGUCAGUUAAUGACAUAUUGUCAGUGCUAACAGGCUUUAUGAACAGUUUCCCAAGGCCAAAUCACAAAUUUGAAGAACAGUUCUGAUUCUCAUGUAAAAAAUGAUCUUGAUUGGCUAAAAUGCCUUUUUGUGAAUGUGACGGGGCUCAGGAAGUAAGAUUUGUGACAUUUCCAGUAAUUUUUUUUGUUGCCAAAGAUGAGGGUUGUGAUCUUAUUGACUGGUUUUUAGUUAGGAUUAGAUUUUUUAUGGAGAUGUUUAGUGACAUUUCCUAGGUAGUAGAUAGGGGUUUGUUUUGUGUUAGAGAAUGUGAUUGUGGAGCAGCUGUCACCAGAGCCUAUGCAGGCUUUGGUUUCAUUUUGGUUUAGGUUUAGGUUGAAGGUUAGAUUUAGGUUUAGAUUGAAGAUUUAGGUAAAGAGAAGAGUUAGAUUUAGCCAAGAGAUAGAGGUGAUGGAAAUUAAUUAACAAUUUCCACAUGAGCAAUGAUGAUAUCAGUCACUAUUCCCCAAAGUCAUUAAAAUUAUUGCUGUUCCCUUGGGAAUGUUUCAUAAAGUGUCCUGCAAAACUGUAAAAGCCCAGCGUGCUGCGCAACCGUUUAAUAAUAUUGCUGUUAGAUUGCCAUUUAUACUGGUGUAAAUAGUUUUAUAAAUCAGUUUGUAAAGUUAUGCAUAACAUCAUGAAAAAAUAGAUAUUAGAGCCAUUUUUUGCCAUAUUAUAAACCACAAUUGUUGAAUACAAGAACAUUAAACCUCUGUUUUAAGAAAUCAAGUAAAGCUUUCACACCUAUUAAUUUGUUUCAGUUUAAUUAAUACAUUUCUUAAAAAAAAUCAAGAAAUAUAAAAAUGGAUAAUAACUACAAAGGGAGCAAUACAUCGUUCAUAAUUAUUGAAAGAGAUGAUUUGGUGAAUUUAUUGGGAAAGCAAUGGCCAGCAUUCUGUUGACUUUGCUUGCAAGAUGCACUUUUGGUACUCCAUAUCCAUUUGUUUAUAAUGCUAAUCAUAACUUUACAUAUCUAUCUUUACAUAUUUGAAUUUGUGAGUUUAUUGAUAGGCUGAAUGAUUUAAUGAACCUUGCAUAACAUGAUAUGUAUACUAUGUAUAUAUGUUCAGUAUUAGGCUUCAUGCAAGUGUAACAUGGUAAAUUACAAGGUGUACCAAGAAGGGGAAAUCCAGUUUUCUUAUAUUUUAAUGAGGACAGAUAUUCAUACAGUGACAAUAACAAUUAUAUCACUUGAAAGUGUAUUUGAAUAUACCUUGAUUAGGUUUCAAGACACUUACAGCAAUAACACCGAUGUUUGGAAAAUGACAUGCAAACUUCACUUGUCUUUCACUUACAUUUUGAACAUAUCAAUACAGUGUACACUGAAAAUUGAAAGAAAGAAAUAUUUACAAAAAAUUGCAAUGGUUCCCAUCUUACUAUUUGUUUUUGUCCUUAAAUGAAAGCCUUUUGAUGAUAAAAUAUAAAAUUUCAUUUGAAAAACAUAAAGAUAGUGCUUUGUGAAAGCAGUGUUGGUAAAGCAUUUUUAACAAUUGUAUUGUUCCAAGGUACACAAUUAUGAUUCACCUUGUUGAUGUGCAGUGGAAGUGAACUGCCUACCAUUUUGUUCAUUUUUUUUACCACAAUUUUUCAGCAAUCCAUGGUCAUAGAAACCUGAACAAGGUUUCAUUCAAAUGCUCAUUUUCAGGCGAUAUCUUGUUUUGAGGUCACUUAUUGAAUAUUUUCCUGUGAAAAGUAUAUGAAAAUUAGGAUUUUUAAAAUUAUUGUACACCCUAUACAAUAUACUGUAUUUUGGUCUAUAAUGACACUAGAAGUCUACAGCAUUCUGUGCUUCUGAAAUAAAUUUGUGCUUAUAGUAUUAGUAGACAUUUUUUUUCAAUGAAGAAUAAGUUCUCUUUUUCUGUCUGUUCAAUACAUCAUAUAUACAUGUAUGUAGCUAACACAUUUGCUGUUUGCAGUUGCCAUUAUCAUGUGCUUUUGAUGCUCGAAUGUACAUUGUAGACAUGAUACGAAACAAGCAACACUAGUGGUUUUUCCAUUUUAUAUGUCAAUAUGUGUGGGAAAUAAUGUUCAGGUGAUUUUACACGUCAGUUGAUUUCAUUCAAGGGUUGAAAUGGACUUGAUGCCAUGAAUGCAUCUUGGUUUUUAGUUCAACCAAAUAAUGAAAAUGGAAUACAAUCAUGAGAGGGUACAAAUGCUUUAUCACUUGUAGAGUAUUUGCAAUUCCUUGUAUAUUAUUACAGACAAGGGGAGAGAAUGUUUUGGAUGUGUGAUGUAAGCGGUAGGAGCACAUGUGAGUGAUUCAUCCAUUGAGUGUUUCACAUCAUGUUGUAACAGUUAAGAAGUCUUUAUAUGUGUUCAUUGUAAAAAGACAUCCCUGUUUCACAUUGUGAUAUAAACAGGUAAAAAGAAAAUAUUUUAUUACACUGUAUCUGUUUAGUGAAGAUGAUUUAAAGUGUGUUACACUGCUUUGUGUUUCCUUGUAUGUGCAUUUGUAAUUUGAUUAUGUUGUAUAUUAUGUAAAUGUUUGUAUGUAUGAAUUUGAUUAGUGCCUCGUGAAAUGAGUAUAAAAGUUUGUAGAUAUAUUUAUGUUUUGUAUUAAGUUUGUUAUAUAAGACAAUUCCUUUUUAUUUCCAGUGCCGUAAAAAGUCAAGCCCCAUUGAUGUGUAAUAUAUAAUUGUAAAUCAUUAUGAUUUUUUGAGAACUUGAAGUUGUUAAUUCAUAUAUUAUACUCUAAUUAUGAUUGCAAUUAUUCAUAUCUUCGAAGUUGAACCCGCGCAGGAUUUCAAGCAUUCCAUGUAUAAUUUCUGUAAAUGUUUUGUUUCUCUAUGAAUCUGACUACUUUAGCAGUUAUUUCUUGUAUUUCCUUUUGUCCUGUGUUCAUGUGGAACAAUUAAAAGCUGUUACUUUUUUAUAUGUUGAAGUUCAGCACAGAUAUUAUGUUAGUGUUGGCUAGAUGUGAAGGGAAUGAUGUGACUUAUAAUUUUGUUUGCUAUUGAAUCACAUAUAUGAAACAUUCUAUUUUGAAAGAGAAAAUGACCUGUAGAUUAUAGUAGGUUUUAUGGAUAUGUGUAUUUGGUUAUAAAUCUCCCAAUCACACCAGAAAAGCAGUCACAAGAUCAUUGGUACAUCAAACAUGAAACUUCAUGUUCAUAUUAGCCGAGGUAUUUUUGGUUGAGACCGAAUCAAAAUGGUGAAAGAUGGUGUUGCUUUGGAGCAUUGAAUAUGAUGCCGUUGUUCAGUAUUUGUAAAUAACACAGAGUUGUAUGCUUAUAGCGUUGAUUUUCAAUGCUCUAUCAUGUAAAUACUCAUUCAUUUUGUAGAUUAACAUGCUUUUGGUUUGUUCUGUUAAUUCAUAACUCAUGUAUUUUUUUUGUUGUUGCUUUCCACUUGGAAUGCAGAGAAGCUGGUGUUUUGUAAAUAUGAGAAAUGUGCUUUACUUUGUGUGUGAGGGCAACCCUCUACUGAGGAUUGCAAUGUAUAUGCUAGAAGCAUGCGGCUUUGUACAGGCUCCAAAUAUUUCUACUUUGUUAUGAGCUGUGCAUUGAGAUGCAGGCACAACAAUUGAACUGUAUUCAUUAGAGAUCCAAAUUGCCUUUAAUACAUUGAUGUUGAGUAAAAAAAGUUGACAAUGUAUGUCUCUUUUACAAUCAGAAAUAGUUGCCCCAAAUCAGAUGUCAUUUUCGGCUCUUCAGACUUUUUUUCUCAAAAAUAAAUUUAUUGCACGUUUUAGUGUCUGACAACUUGUUUGAAAUUGAUGCAAGAUUUUCUUGGUUUGAUUGAGGAAAAUUGACCUUAAAAUGAUUUAAUUUGUAUUUUCAUGUUGAAGAGUAAUUUUCAUUACCCUUGUAUUUAUUGUCCCAUGAAACAUGAACAUGAACAUUUAUGUCAAAGAAAAGUUGUUAAUUUUCAGUUUAAAAAACAUGUGAUUUAAAUCCCUAACAGUACUGAAAAGAAUAUAAUUGCAAGGAUUAAGGCCAAUGUGAUCCUUUUUAUAAUUUCAUGAAUCUGAAUAUUGUGCUUCAUCACUAAAGAUUAAAUCGAAUUAUUUCCAUGAAAUUCCAAGCAGGAUUCGGCAGUUGUUUGCAUCACAUCUAAGUUUGCAUUGAUUUGAAAGAACAAGGAACUUGCAUAUUGAGCUAUGAUUUGGAUUGUUUGCCAACUUACAGUUAACAUGGAUUUUGAUAGAAUGGAACAAACCAAUAGUUAAUUGAAAAAUGAAAGACCGUUUUGUCAGGUGUAUUUUUGCAUCAAAUUAUAUAAUUUUAUGCUUCCUUGAGUUUUAAAUGUAUUUCAAAUUGUGAAAAAUGAUGGUAAAAUUGUGAUACUUGAUUUGAAUGUUUCCAUGUUUGACCCUGUUUUGAUCUAGUUAUGGACAUUUUUUGUAGGUGCCAAAUGAAUUCAGUUUAAGUCCUUGUAUCAUUAAAUGAUGUUGAAUAUAUAUAAGGAGUGCUUGUCAUAUAUCUUAUGAGUUUUCAGUUUGUACAUUGUGUAAAAUACGAAAAGUUACUACAUGGAUAUGUUAAAAAGAAGAAAAAAAAGAUUUAUUUGAGUUUUGUAUAGUGAUGUUCUAUGUAUGUUUUGAGGACAUUGUCCUGUAAUGAAAAAUAAAUAUGAUAAUUUCUUUUUGUGGUUAAAUAGUAAACAAGUCUUGAAAUGCAAGCU